UUGGCAAAGACCAGGUUGCAGAAUCAGAGACGAGGUCAGCAGGUCUACAAAAGCAUGAUGGACUGCCUUGUCAAGACAGUUCGAUCAGAGGGAUACUUUGGAAUGUACAGAGACUUGGGUCCCCCUGGGAUAUUGAAGGCUAGCCGAUAAGGCGCAGCCACGCUGGAGGCAAAUCAUUAAAUGGUUCUUACAAUAUUGCUCUAUUUAAAACUCUAGGCUCAAGUUUUUGUUUUGCCAUCUAUUUGUUCUGUAAUUUGACUUGUCAGUAACUACUUUGCUGUCUUCUUGCUGUCCUGUCAACUUUUGGAUUAUUGUUGUUUUCUGGACUAUGAAUUGUGUCUUUGCAGACUUUGGUUGAGCUUGCAAACAAAUCUGUGGUGAACUAAAGAUUAUUAUCAUUAUUUAUUUUUUUUUUUUCCAUCUUCAGUCCCACAGAACAUUUAAGUUUGCUCAAAGUCUUCACACGCAUAGUCAAGGAUUCAGUCUGUCCUUUUUCUAACGUUUAUUUAUUUUAUCUGUCAUCACUAACCUACUCACUGACAUGCAGCCUGUCACUAAGAUAUAUUUCCUUUCUUGAAGUCUUCUCUACACAGUGUUCCUUGUUGUCACACCCUGACUGUUUAUUUCAUAGAUUUCGUGUUUGCAUCUUCCUCUGGAUCUUCAUUGCCCUAUUGUUCCUUAUGUUGUCUUGUUAUGCUUGUUUCUCAUUUUCCUCCUGAUAUUUUGUUUACUUUUUUUUGUUUUUAAUUGACAUAAUCCCCCUUCACAAUUAUUACUUAAGCUCAAUUAAGCUGAGUAUAUGUCUUGUCUGUGUUUAAAUUAACUGUACAUUUAACUCUUUACAUUCUGAUGUUGUAAUGAUAGUGGCGGGGUAUGUUUUUGUACAUGUGCUUAAUGGAAAACUGGAUUCUGUCUUCAGUGCUAACUAUUUUUUUUUCCUCAGGUGCUGCUGUAAAUCUGACCUUGGUUACCCCUGAGAAGGCAAUCAAGCUGGCUGCCAAUGACUUCUUCCGGCACCACCUUGCCAAAGACGGAAAGGGGCUGACAGUGUUCAAAGAGAUGCUGGCAGGCUGUGGUGCAGGCAUGUGCCAGGUCAUUGUUACUACCCCCAUGGAAAUGCUCAAGAUACAACUACAGGAUGCAGGCAGACUUGCAGCCCAACAACAGAAACCAGUCAUGAUGACUCCCACAAAGCUUGUGGUCACUAAUGCUGUGCUCAGUCGCUCUUACAAUUCUGGCAUGGUCAUUUCUGCACCAAGAGCUGUGUCGGCUACACAGAUUGCAAAAGAACUCGUCCAGACGCAGGGCAUCCAGGGGCUCUACAAAGGUCUCGGGGCCACACUGAUGAGAGAUGUCCCCUUUUCUAUUGUUUACUUCCCAUUGUUUGCUAAUCUGAAUCGCCUGGGCAAACCAAGUCCUGAGGCGUCGUCACCCUUCUAUUGGGCCUUCCUCUCAGGCUGUGCUGCAGGAUCCACUGCUGCGGUGGCUGUUAACCCCUGUGAUGUGGUGAAGACCAGACUGCAGUCAUUGAACAAGGGGGCUAGUGAGGAGACUUACAGUGGAGUGGUGGAUUGUGUAAGUAAAAUAAUGCAGAAGGAGGGGCCCUCAGCAUUCCUGAAAGGUGCCGGCUGCCGGGCUCUGGUCAUCGCACCUCUGUUUGGCAUUGUACAGGUUAUGUACUUUGUUGGUGUUGGUGAAUACAUCCUUGACAACUCACCCCUGCGCCUCUUAGGACCAUGAGACCAUAUCAUCUUGCUGACUAGCUAUCCAUGGGACCUGGUAGAAGACUUAGCUGCUACAUGUAUUCAGUUUACAGCAAGAAAAACAAGUAGAAAGACCUAUGAUUUCACUAUCUUUACGGUCAGAACGUGGUGUUGCACUUAAACCCUUUUGUUACUUGUUCAGUAGGCUGAAGCCAGUGUUUGCGCUUGAAGCUGUUAGCUUUACUGCAUUGGGGCCUCUCUUGACCCUAAACAGUUGUUUUGUUUCCCUCUGUGAGGGAAGGGAGCUUGCUCCAAAGAGACAGACCUUUUCUUUCUUUCUUUUUUUUUUUCUUGAUCACGACUUUUCUAUUCUUUUUUUUAAACUUGUAUUUGAGGUUAUUUAAAGUAGUUUGUUAUGAGAGUUUGUAGUACUUUCUUUGUUUUUUUUCCUUCUUUGCUGUCUCAUGUUGCUGAGCCUUAAUCUAGAAACAAAAGUCUGAAAGUGAUUCACAGGGCCCAGUUUACACAACUUGCUGGAAAGGCUUUUUUUGUGAACUGCUUUGUGUACAUGUUUACUUUAACUAAUCAUGAACCUUCCUAAUGAAAUGGGGACCAUACGGCUUACCAAACCAUAAGCUGUGUCCUACACUUGACAUUAGUGCUGUACUUGGUUAGUGCUAUGUGAACUAUCAUCUGUCAUAAACUUGAGAUGCAAUCAUGCACAUUUUAUGUUUGUCUACGUACACACACACACACUUGUUAUAUUUCAUCUGAAAUGUUACCCAGAAGGUCCUUUGUGAUUCAUGCCUUAACAAAGCAGUUUGAAAUGUAUUUUUGAUUCUGCAAGGCAAAAUUGACAGAAUAUAAGCAUUAUUACAGUUACUGUGAGCUUAUUUUUAAAAAAGGAAAAAAAGACUGUUACAUACCAAUGAUUGUAAUGGCUUU